UCAUUUUCUUCCUUGAGGAAAAAAAAAAACCAACCCAAUGGAGAAACAGCUGCAACAAUCAGCAGCUUCCUUUGCUUCUUCAUCUCCACCUUGUUCUUCUUCUCAUAUUUGGUUCUUCUGUAAACACUGUCUUUUUUCUUUAGCUUCAGCUCAAAUGGUUAGGUCCACAUCUUUCUUUUCAUUGUGAUCUCUUUGGAUCAACAAUCUAUAUACCCUUUACUGCUAUCACUCUCAGGAAGUCGAAUACAUCUACCACAUGGAGCAGUAUGAGGUACUAGAGCAAAUUGGGAAGGGAGCUUUUGGUUCAGCUCUUCUAGUGAGGCAUAAGCAUGAAAAGAAGAAGUAUGUGCUUAAAAAAAUCCGUCUUGCUCGCCAGACCGAUAGGUCAAGAAGAUCUGCUCAUCAGGAGAUGGAGCUUAUUUCUAAAAUUCGAAACCCAUUCAUUGUGGAGUACAAAGAUUCCUGGGUAGAAAAGGGUUGUUAUGUGUGCAUUAUUAUAGGUUAUUGUGAAGGAGGAGACAUGGCUGAAGCAAUAAAGAAAGCAAAUGGCAAGCUUUUCUCAGAGGAGAAACUGUGCAAGUGGCUAGUUCAACUCCUGAUGGCUCUUGACUAUUUGCACGUGAAUCAUAUUCUUCAUCGUGAUGUCAAGUGUUCAAACAUCUUCUUGACAAAAGACCAAGACAUUCGUCUCGGUGAUUUUGGACUUGCUAAAAUUUUGACUUCCGAUGAUCUCACAUCCUCUGUUGUUGGGACUCCGAGCUAUAUGUGUCCUGAGCUUCUGGCUGACAUACCCUAUGGUUCUAAGUCGGAUAUCUGGUCAUUAGGAUGCUGUAUAUAUGAAAUGACUUCUCUCAAGCCUGCAUUUAAAGCGUUUGAUAUGCUGGCACUGAUAAACAAGAUCAAUAAAUCAAUAGUUGCUCCACUUCCAACGAAAUAUUCUGGGGCCUUUCGUGGUCUUGUUAAAAGCAUGCUGCGCAAGAAUCCUGAACUCAGGCCAAGUGCUGAGGAACUGCUCAGACACCCACACCUUCAGCCAUAUGUUCUCAAGGUUCAAAUUAAAAUCAAUAAUCCGAGAAGGAACUCUUUACCUGUGAAUUGGCCAGAAACCAAUAUAAAGAAAACUAGAUUUUCGGAUCCAGUAGAAGUCCGCUUCUCUGGUUACAGGGAGAGGCGUCAGUCGUACAGUAAUGAUCGGACAUUGAAUCCGAGCAUUUCUGGAGCUGAGCAAGAUUCGGUUUGCUCUACCAAAGGAAUACAUCAUGCUGUACCGGGUUAUUUAAAUCAAAGAUUAGAGGAUUUGUCUGUUGAUAGCAGCCAAGGAACAGUCAUUUGCAAGCCAAUUACUUCAAAACUUUCUAGUAUCACCAAGACUCCAAGAAGUUCUUUGGCAAAAGCUUCUGUAACUGCCAAGAGAAAGACAGAGCCAACAAAGAAUCGUGACUCUUUUCCUGGUUCUCGCACUCCGAUUAAAAAACCUCUUCCAGCAACUCGAAGGACAUCCUUGCCACUACCAACAAGAACUACAGUACGAGAAUCAGCUUCUAUGUCUAAAGCUGGUAUUCUUCACCUCAUACAAUCACCGGACGUUUCAGUUAAUGCUCCUCGAAUUGAUAAGAUAGCUGAAUUCCCAUUAGCCUCGUAUGAAGAUGCAUUCUUCCCCAUCCACAAAACUUCAUCAAUAUCUGCACAGGGCUCCUCUGGCUCACCGCAAUUUGUUGAUCGUUCAAUCACAAAAGACAAAUGUACUGUUCAAACAAGUGAUCGAGCAUCCAUCAAGCCCUGUUUCACUGAUGCAUGGCAGGGAAUUCAACGCAGCAUGUUUAAAGCUGAUGGAGAGAAUGCGACCGAUUCCUCCGAUCAGAAUGCCACUGCUGGGGCAUCAAGCCGUACCUCAUCAGACACACAGAGAUGGAGAUUUGACCCUUCAUCGUUCCAGCAACGUGCUGAGGCAUUGGAAGGGUUGCUUGAAUUUAGUGCAAGGUUGCUGCAGCAAGAGAGGUAUGAUGAGCUUGGGGUGCUACUAAAGCCGUUCGGACCAGGUAAGGCCUCCCCUAGAGAAACUGCUAUCUGGUUGACUAAGAGCUUUAAGGAGAAUACCGGUAAACCAGAGGAUUAAUAAUGGUGAACCCUGUGGUCUGUAUUAUUAUCUGUAGCCAAAAACAUGUAUCAAAUUUUUAGAGUCCGGUCCAGGCUUAUCUGAUUUUAGGCAUUGAUUCAUAUUGAGAGAACCUUAGCAAUUAGGCAUUUUGGUUUUCAAGUGAAUGCUAAUUGUUAGUUCUAGGUUGUAGUUCCGUUAUUUUCUUCGAAAUGGAUGAUGAACAUUUCUUCCA